GUUUGUAGUAACGAUCACGCUACUUGGGGCUUACCGCCCAGCUAGCUAACAAGAUAGUUAGCUUUCCUUCACCGACUGCCACUGGACGUGAAGUUCACUGUAGCUAGCUUGCUAUAACGAAAACCAGAAGGAUGUCAGCGGGUGCCGUCUUCUCCGUUAUCCUAGCUAUUGGAUUAGCAGCACUUUUUUCAGCUGUGCACAAAAUAGAGGAGGGACACAUUGGUGUUUACUACAGAGGAGGAGCACUCUUAACUACAACUAGUGGCCCCGGUUUCCACCUUAUGUUACCUUUCAUCACAUCCUUCAAGCCUGUGCAGACUACUCUCCAAACAGAUGAAGUUAAGAAUGUACCGUGUGGUACAAGUGGGGGUGUUAUGAUCUAUUUUGAUCGGAUAGAAGUCGUGAACUUCCUUGUGGCUUCAGCUGUGUAUGAUAUUGUGAAAAAUUUUACGGCUGACUACGACAAGGCCCUGAUCUUCAACAAGGUCCACCAUGAGCUGAACCAGUUCUGCAGUGUGCACAGUCUGCAGGAGGUGUACAUUGGGCUGUUUGACCAAAUAGAUGAAAACUUGAAGAUGACUCUGCAAGAGGAACUGACAAACAUGGCCCCUGGCAUAAUCAUCCAGGCAGUUCGAGUCACCAAGCCCAAUAUUCCUGAGACCAUACGCAGGAAUUAUGAACUCAUGGAGAGUGAGAAAACAAAACUGCUCAUUGCAGCCGAGACUCAGAAGGUUGUGGAGAAGGAGGCUGAAACAGAGCGGAUCAAAGCAGUGAUUGAGGCUGAGAAGCUUGCCCAGGUGGCCGAGAUCAAGUUCAGCCAGAAAGUGAUGGAGAAGGAAACGGAGAAGAAGAUAUCUGAAAUUGAAGACUCCGCUUAUCUGGCCAGGCAGAAGGCAAAAGCUGACGCAGAGUUCUACUCAUCCCAGAGAACGGCUGAUGCAAACAAGCUGAAGCUCACGCCGCAAUACUUGCAGCUGAUGAAGUUCAAAGCCAUCGCCACCAACAGCAAGAUCUACUUCGGCAGCGAUAUCCCCCACAUGUUUGUGGACUCGGGCCCCACAGGGACGCCCAUGUCUUCCAAGGCCAUGGACAUGCUGUCCGAGGGCAUCCUGGACUUUGAGUGACUGACACGGGGCGAGACCAAGCACCACUCCCGGGGCCUGCAGAAGUGAUGGAGCCCCUCUAGGCUGGAGAGACAACACCCCUCCUCUCCCCUCCCCCAUUUUAUAUGCUGGGCAGCUGGUGUAACUGGUCGCGACUUAGUUAGUCACCUGACCCGCUUAUGGCAGGAGCAGAUGCUGGUAUAACCCUCAAGAGUAAUGGAAUGUAACCAUCUGUCAUUACGGUGCCCACUCACGCCUUGUACUGUACAUAGCCCUUUCCUUCUGUUGUAUAUGCAUUCCUUGCAAAGAGGGCAUUUAAAUGUAGGAUUAUGUUAUGCUGUUUGUUUGUUUGUUUCUUUCUUUGUUUGUGUUACAAUCAUGUGGAGCAGAGUUUCUCCCUUUGGAUCUCUGACUAGAGCAUUAAUUAGAUCCAUCUUCAUUCUUCCAGAGCAAUUACCAUUGGCCUCAUUUAGCUCAUUCCACAACAUAUGUGUAUUGCCAGGCCAUAGUACCAAGACAUCUGGAAAUUGCAUCUAUCUCUAAAGGGGAGGCCUCUGCUGAGUCAGUGUGAGUAUUAGUGCACUGUGUGUGCAGUUUCAUGAUCAUUCCGGAUAUCAGCAGGCAGAUCACUGACAAACCUGAAAGAAAGGGAGAAAAAGUAGUGGCUCGCUAACAGAAGGAAGCCUGCAGUGUUGCCACAGUGACCACAUUCUGUUUGGCUCAUGAUGUUCUAAACCAAACUCUACCUUUUGGCCGCCUUGGCGGACACCAUAGCAGGGCUUUUGGUAAGGCACACUGAUUGUUUUUGUUCGUUAUAAUAAAUGCCUGUUCCACUGCCCGUCCUUUGUCCACUUCAGUCCCCCAAAAAAAUAUUUAUCAAAUGACGUAAUUUGGCCCAACCAUGCCUAUCUAGAGGGGAUGGUCGGAGGGAGGGAUUCACUCAUUAAACACUGAAGCACUAUUCUGGGAAAGGCAUGAACUCUGCCUGUUUUGGCUACAUUCUGACUAAAAUGGGCACUUCACAGUUCAGAGCAGUAGUACUUCUGACCCUUGGCUCUGCUUUGGUAACAUUUCAGAGGCAGCGGUGUCUUGACGGUCCUUGCUGGGCAAACUUGGUGUUUGUGUCCUCUUAUAAUUUAAUGUUGGCUGCUGCACGUCCAUGUUGUUCUCACUGUUUAAUGUUUGCUUUCAGUUUUGUAAACCGUCUGAAGUAGACCAAUUUUUUUGUCAAGAACAUGUCUUAUAUUGAUCUUUUUAACUUGAAAAAUGUGGUUAUUUUAAUCGAGUGUUAUUUUUUAAUGGCUGCACUUAAACAUACCUGUGCACGGCAUGAGAGUUGAUACACUGGCGUGAAUUUAGUUGUGAAUGGAUUUGGCCCCUCUGACUAAACAAGUCAUUCAUAUUUCAAUGACAGUUUUACUAAAACGGACUUUCCUGAAUCCUCUCCCAAAGUAAGUGCAGCUUAGCUGUGGUAAACUAUUAGUUGUUCAGAAAUAGGAUUAUGAUUGAAAUGUUUCUUAUGAUCAGCUGUAUCAAAAGCACCUGUUGGUCACACUGGUUACUGUUUUGAUACUUUGUUUGAUACAGUAGUUUGUCCCCACAUGAACCAUUGAGUGACCUCCAGCUCAGGAUGACUUGAAUAUGACUUGAAUGGAACUAUUUUUGCACUCUUUAAAUUAUAUUGUGGGGUGGGGAUGACAAGGAGUGUAUUUUGUUGUUUAUACAAUAAAAAUGUAUAAUGAUU